AUGAAUUUCCUGCUAAAGAAACUCCAGGUCGAAGUUGAGGGUGGCGUCGUGCCGGAUCGCUGGAUCAACAAUGACAUCAAGCCUAUCGAAGCAGGCAGGCGGACGUGGGGACUUUGGACAUUUCAUAAUUUUUGGGUCCUGAUCAACUCUAACAUCUCAACAUACAUGACCGGCAGCUCGCUAAUCGCACUCGGACUGACCUGGUGGCAAGCCAUCAUCGCCAUCGUUGUCGGACAAUUAAUCGCCACGGCACUGGUGGUGCUGAACUCGCUCCCGGGUGCAUACUACCACUUGGGCUUCCCAGUCGUAAACCGCUACGUCUGGGGCAUGCGCGGCAGCGCCUUUGUAAUCUGGAACCGAAUCCUUCUAUCCGUUGUGUGGUACGGCUUUCAAGCCUGGAUAGGCGGCGAAUGCAUCUACGUCUGCCUGCAGGCAAUCUGGCCCGACAUCUCCAACCGGAUCCCAAACACCCUCUCCCCCUCAACAGGAACAACAAGCGCCGCCUUCGUAUCCUACGUCCUCUUCAUGCUGAUCUCGCUACCGGUAAUCUACGUUCGCCCGCACAAGCUGAAAUACCUCUUCUACGGCAGCGCGGCGACAAUUUUGGUCUUUGAGGUUGUGCUUCUUAUCUGGUCACUGGCAACCAUGGGUCCAGAGGGGUUCGGUUCGACCAUCUCCAUUUCCCAUGUUAAUACGUCGGGCUGGAACAUUGCCUUCGGAAUAAUCAGCACAAUCGGCUCCAUCGCCGCGGGAAUUUUAAAUCAGAAUGACUAUGCGCGGUUCGCGCGGAGACCUUCAGACGCCGUCUGGGGACAGCUGCUUAGUUUCCCAUUCUACGCGAUUGUCUGCUCGGUAAUCGGGAUUCUGGUAACGGCCGCGACGCAGGUACGAUUUGGCGGGGCGCAGUGGAAUUUACCUACACUGCUAAGCGCGGUUAUUGAGCAUGGGGGCUCGAGGUCCCGUGCUGCUGCGUUCUUUGGAGGGGCGGCCCUCGUUGUUUCGCAGAUUGGGGUUAAUGUUCCUGGGAAUGCGUUGGCGGGGGGCUUCGAUAUGGCAGCCACAUUCCCGCAGUACAUCAACAUCCGCCGAGGCGCCUAUUUAACCGCGCUGAUAUCUGUUGCAUGUAAUCCGUGGAAACUGGUGAAUACGGCGACCACGUUCCUUGCUGUGUUGAGCAGUUACUCUGUCUUCCUGGGCCCGAUGACGGGGUUGAUGAUUUCAUCGUAUUUUGUUAUUCAUCGCCGCAGGAUCAAGGUUGAUGAUUUGUUUGUUGGGAAUAAAGAUAGCAUCUAUUGGUAUGCGUGGGGUGUGAACUGGCGGGCUAUUGUUGCAUGGACGUGCGGGACUGUCCCCUCUCUCCCCGGAUUCGUCUCGUAUGUAAGUCCUGGUAUCUCGGUUCCAACCGGAUUUAUGCAUCUAUACUACAUCUGUUUCCUCUCGGGGCUGGCGAUUAGCGCGGCGGUCUAUUGCGCCUUGCAUUAUGUUUUCCCUAUACGUUCCGUCCAGCAGUUUGUGGCGAUGGCGCCUCCUGCUGGGGUUUUGAUGCGGGAGUAUCGGGAGCGAUGGGAUGGGGAGGAGGUCGAGAAUGUCGAGGAUGUUUUAACCGCGUACAAAGCACGGCAUCGAUCUAUGCAGUGA